AGAACAUUUUAACAUUUUACUUUAAAAGGAAAGAUGCUAUCUCCAAAUGAUAAAAAGUUAGAAAAGCUGGAUCCAUUUUAUCGACCUUCCAUGUCCAAGCAGAAGACCAGCGCAGAGAUCGUAAGUGAAGCACGAAAUGCAUUAAGAACAGUUAGGACCCAACGGCCGUUUACACCACAGGAAGACCAAAGGAAACUGUUCGGGCCUGCAUCUUCAAGAACACCAGAAAACAGACCUCCUUCCGCCUUCAGCCUUCAUGCGUCCAGUUUUGAGUCAUCUGAUUCCAGGCCUAUCUCCAGUGCUCGUCUCAGUCCACUAGAGCUUAGACCGAAGGCUCCAGCAUCUCCCACCACGGAGGAGCAUCCCUGCUUUUCCUUUCCUAAACCCCCAGUGGACCCAGCGAAGAUUAGAAGAAUAAGCAGUGCCCGGGCGCGCUUAUUCAGGGCUGCCUCCCAGGGGGCACUUCUGCCUGACAGGACGCUUCCUCCCGCAAAGAAGGCAGUGGAAUCCAAAGAAACAGUUGUGAAGGGGGGCCCUAUGGUGAAAAUAAAUGGAAUUUAUUUAACAGAAUCAAAUGCCAUGGGCCACUUCAAGAGUCACCCACUUCAGCUAACCUAUGAUGGAGGCUUCAGUGAAAUGAAGGAGCAAGAAAUGUUCAAAGGGACAACAUCCUUGCCAUCUCAUCUCAGAAGUGGAGGGGAGCAGGGGAAGAGGCAUUUGAGAGCCUCACCACAUGCCAACAGCUCAGCCGUGAGCAGCCUGGAAAGCAGAGCAGUCUCAAAAGCCAAGCUGCAAGAAAAGGAUACAGAAAUAGAAGUAGACGAAGUCUUUUGGAAUACAAGGAUCGUACCGAUUUUGCAUGAGUUAGAAAAAGAAGAAAACAUUGAAACGAUUUGUGCUGCUUGCACACAACUUCAUCACGCUUUAGAGGAAGGAAACAUGCUUGGAAAUAAAUUUAAGAGAAGAAGUAUUCUCCUGAAGACCCUAUAUAAACUAGUUGAUAUUGGUUCAGACUUGCUCAGCCUUAAACUUGCAAAACUUAUUCUAGCACUUAAAGUGAGUGGAAAGAAUCUCCUUAAUGUCUGCAAACUUAUAUUUAAAAUUAGCAGAAGUGAAAAGAAUGACUCUCUGAUUGAAAAUGACAGCAUUCUAGAAUCAUUAUUGAAGAUCCUGAGAAAUGAAGACCUGCACGCUAACACCGAAGCUUUCUUAUACUGUAUGGGGGCUAUCAAAUUCAUUUCUGGAAACCCAAGAUUUCUCGACGAAAUGAUCAGCAAAGGUGCUGUGGAGAUAUUGAUGAAUUUGAUAAAGCAAAUCAAUGAGAACACCAAGAAAUGUGGUACAUGUCUGCCUAACGCAGGCCACUUGUUAGUCCAAAUGACUGCUACACUGAGAAACUUGGCUGAUUCACCACCAGCAAGAAGUAAGCUGCUAAGCAUCGGUGCCCUCCCCCAGCUCUGCACGGUGAUGGGACAGCACAUGGCUGACAAGGAUGUCUGCACCAAUAUUGCCAGAAUAUUCAGCAAACUCACUUCUUACCAUGACUGCUGUGUAGCCCUGGCCAACUAUUCCAGAUGUUACGCCUUGUUUUUGAAAGUGAUAAACAAAUACCAGAAGAAACAGGAUUUAGUCGUCCGUAUUGUCUUUAUUCUUGGCAACCUGACAGCGAAAAACAACCAGGCUCGUGAACAGUUUUCCAAAGAGAAAGGUAGCAUCCCAACCUUGCUGUCAUUAUUCCAUACAUUCUACAAACUGGACCUGGGCGCCGAGGAGCAGGCGGGAGGCGCCCAGCAGCCCAAGGUGCAGAGGCCGCGGGCCCAGGCAGAGGACGUGCUCAUCAAGCUGACCCGAGUGCUGGCCAACUUAGCCAUCCACCCUGGCGUCGGCCCGGCGCUGGCCGCCAACCCGCGCGCCGUGGGCCUGCUCCUCGCCACUCUAGAAUACAAGUCAAUUGAGGAUUGCGAGGAGCUGGUGAUCAAUACUACAGCCACAAUCAACAACUUAUCUUACUACCAAGUAAAGAAUUCCAUAAUUCAAGACAAAAAGCUAUAUAUUGCUGAAUUGCUCAUAAAGCUUCUUGUGAGUAAUAACAUGGAUGGAAUCCUGGAGGCUGUGCGUGUUUUUGGAAAUCUCUCCCAGGACCACGACAUCUGUGAUUUCAUUGUGCAGAAAAAUGUACACAAGUUCAUGAUCGCACUGCUGGAUGCUAAGCAUCAAGAUAUUUGCUUUUCUGCCUGUGGCGUUCUUCUAAAUCUCACUGUGGAUAAAGACAAGCGUGUCAUUCUAAAAGAAGGAGGUGGCAUUAAAAAAUUGGUGAACUGUUUAAGACAUUUUGGCCCCACUGACUGGCAGCUGGCCUGCUUGGUUUGCAAAACCUUAUGGAACUUCAGUGAAAAUAUCACCAACGCUUCGUCGUGUUUUGGAGAUGAAGACACCAACACGCUGUUAGUCCUACUGCCAUCCUUUUUAGAUGAAGAACUAGCACUGGAUGGCAGUUUUGACCCAGACCUAAAAAACUACCACAAACUCCAGUGGGAAACAGAAUUCAAGCCUGUGGCACAGCAGCUUCUGAACCGAAUUCAGAGUCACCACACCUUCCUGGAACCACUGCCUAUUCCUUCUUUCUAACGUGAUACAGACUAACAGAAGCAAGAAGUCAGGGCUCCUUCAUUCUCAGGAAGUGGUAACAAACAUGAGCGUUUGUUUUUCCGUAUGGACAACUGAAAGCUUUUCAGAUACUGAUUUUAGUGAGUAGUCUUAAGUAUUUAAAAAAAAAUAGGCGUUUCUUCUUAUUAGGUAUUAGGGGAAAAUGAAUAUUAAUGUACUCUCUGCUAUGAGAAAUGUAAGACGAAAAUAUAUCCACAGUUUUUCUAAGUAAGUGACUUCUUCUAUUCUGUAUUACAUCCUUCAGUUCCAGACUUAAAA